UGAGAGCUGAGCGUUUCCAACAAGCUAAGGAAUCAAUGGCGACAACUUGUGAGAAAAUUCACGUUGAUUCCCGUGCUCCAGAGCCCAUCAAUAUUCACAAAACCUUAAAUUCAGAAAGUAACGGCACCCCAUAUUGGUACUCUGUAGAAACAGGAAUAUACAGAAGCUUACACGCUUCUGUAGAACUCCCCUCCCACCCAUUUCUUGACGUCGUUUCCUUCAUUUUCUCACACAACCAUGGCGGUGUUUCUGCUCUGGUGGAUUCCAAAUCUGGGUUCUCAAUUUCUUACCCGGAGCUGCGCUCUUUGGUCAACUCCAUGGCCGCCGGUCUCCACGGAAUGGGCGUUUCCCAGGGAGACGUGGCCCUGAUUUUGUUGCCCAAUUCUGUUUAUUUCCCUGUCAUUUUCUUGGGUCUUUUAAGCGUCGGCGCAAUAGCGGCCACCAUGAAUCCUCUCAGCACUUUGGCAGAGAUAAAAAAGCAAUUUUUAGAUUUUGACUGUAAUGUACGCCUGGCGUUUGCCACUCCUGAUCGAGUUAAAAAUCUGGGUUCUGCAUUGAACAUUCCGGUGAUCGGGAUCCCGGAAAGUUCAAAUCUUGAUUCUCCGGGCGACAAUUCGGGUUCCGUGUUCCGCAAGUUAAUCUCCACCGACCCAAAACCCGCCCCAAACCCAAAAAUCCGGCAACAAGACACCGCCGCCAUACUAUUCUCCUCCGGCACGAGCGGCGGCUGCAAGGCCGUGGCUCUCACGCACGCCAACUUCAUAGCCAUGGUGGAGCUCUUCGUGAGGUUCGAGGCUUCGCAGUACGAGUUUCCGGCGACGGCGAACGUGUACUUGGAUGUUUUGCCGAUGUUUCACGUGUACGGGCUGUCUCUGUUCGUGAUGGGGCUGUUGUCGUUGGGGUCCACUAUCGUGGUGAUGAGGAAGUACGAGGUUGGUGAGGUGGUUAGAGCCGUUGAUAGAUACGGAGUUACCCAUUUUCCGGUGGCGCCGCCAUUGUUGGUUGCGCUCACGAGAAAAGCGAAGGCUGAUAAGUGUAGUCUCAAGAGUUUGAAGCAGGUUUCCUCUGGUGCAGCCCCGCUCAGCAUUUCGUGCAUUCAAGACUUUGUUCGGACUUUCCCCCACGUUGAUUUCAUUCAGGGUUAUGGCAUGACAGAGUCUAGUGCAGUUGGAACACGAGGUUUGAACACUGCAAAGCUUCGAAACUAUACUUCUGUGGGACUCCUGGCUCCCAAUAUGGAAGCUAGAGUCGUAGAUUGGAGCUCAUCCAUAUCCUUGCCUCCCACCUCCAUAGGCGAGCUAUGGCUGCGCGGCCCUGCUAUCAUGAAAGGGUACUUGAAGAAUGGCGAGGCUUCGAAGAAUGCAGUAGACGAAGAUGGGUGGCUGCAUACCGGAGACAUUGUGCAUUUUGAUGAAGAUGGGUAUCUGUACGUGCAUGACAGGCUAAAAGAGAUUAUCAAAUACAAAGGCUUCCAGAUUGCUCCUGCUGAUUUAGAAGCAGUGUUGAUGAGUCACCCAGACAUUGUUGACGCUGCAGUAACCUCAGCCCAGAGUGAAGAAGUUGGAGAGAUUCCCGUGGCAUUUGUGGUGAAGAAGGAAGGCUGCAAUGAACUAUCCCAGGCAGAUGUGAUUCAUUUUGUAGCCAAACAGGUUGCACCAUACAAGAAGGUUAGGAGAGUCUACUUUAUAAAAUCAAUACCUAAGUCUGCAGCAGGAAAGAUUCUGAGGAAGGAGCUUAGGAACCUCCUCAUCACUUCCAAAAUGUAGAUAGAGAGGCACGGGAGGAAGAAUCGUCACUUGUUGUAAUUGAACUCAAGUUUUCUCGGAAUUCUUCCCACAAAGAGAGCUCACUUGCCAGCUAUCCCAUUGGGUUAUUGGCUCAUCUAUUAUAUUGCUGCUUUAUUGUAUGUUUGUGUUUAUGUAUUGCCUAUAUAUAGAGCCCAAUGGUGA